UCCUCCCGCCAAUUGGUCAACUGUCUGUCUUAACUUCCCAAGGGACUCAGAGCAUAAACUAUUCACCAAAUUCCAAUUUCAAUCAAAUAGCAAAGUUCUUUCAAUUGACAUCCUCCAAAAGAAAAAAAAAAUUAGAAAAACCAAAAUUCAGAUUUCGAACAUGGGUUUUAAGAACACUCUCAGAUUUUUAGCGUUCUUGUGCUUUCGUAUGUGUUUCUUUGUUUCGAUCGAUGCUCAGGUUCCAAUUCCACCAAAGCUAGAUGGGUUCUGGUACGAGAACCGACCGUCGGAGGCUGACUCGAUAUUCAUCGAGGCGUUUUUUGACCCAGUUUGCCCCGACAGCAGGGAUUCAUGGCCGGGUCUUAAACAAGCCCUCCACCACUAUGGCUCUCGCGUUACACUCCUUGUCCACACCUUCCCUUUACCUUACCAUGACAAUGCUUUUGUUUCCUCCCGUGCAUUGCAUAUAGUCAACAAGUUAAAUUCUUCAGCCACCUACGAUUUAUUGGAGGCGUUUUUCCAGCACCAGGAAAAAUUCUAUGGUGUAGCAACCUCUAACAUGUCUAGAGCAAAGGUUAAUGAUCAAAUUGUGAAGUUUGUAACGAUAGCAGUUGGAACCUCUUAUUAUUCUGCAAUAAAAUCUGGCUUGACUGACUCCAAAACAGAUCAUGCAACGAGAAUUGCCUUCAAGUAUGGUUGCUCACGAGGGGUUUACGGGACGCCUAUUUUCUUUGUAAAUGGAUUUGCCUUACCCGAUAAGGGUUCACCUCUAGACUACCAAGGAUGGAAAGGAAUCAUUGAUCCGUUACUAGCGAAGAAGGUGGAGAUUGCUGAGGAGCCUCCUGUACAUUUCUUCCUAUGAGUAAAUUGCUCUGUGAUUUAUUUUCCUCGUGUAUUCAUUCAUGUUGGUUUGUAUGAAGACAAAAAAUAUUUGUUUUUAAUUUCCAAAUAAUGCUAAAAUUUGUGGAAAUUGCCUGAAAGAAUAUAUCCUUCUGGCCUUGAGAGAACACUAGGGUAAUUUUGUCACAGUUGAUCCUUU